UCAAUUCCGAGAGCGGUUGUCAGACAGUUGGUGUAUCGCGUGUGUUGAAACACUUUUUUUUCGUCCUGUUGAUAGUUUAAAAGGGAACGAGCGUAGGCCGAGCGAGCGUACAAACAACAAUUUCUGCUGUUUCACAGAGAGUCUGCAUGGAAAUGGCUUUGAGUGACUUUGGCCGAAAUCGCGGACGUCGUCCUGUCGCAGCCUGCCUGUUAAUCGCCUUGUCGCUGGUGUUCAGCGAGGCGCUGCUGUCGCCGGCUCUGGCGCAGCGUGACGAGGACUAUCCACCGAGGAACGUACUCAAAAUGGCCAAGCUCUUCCACGACGCCUGUGUGGAGCAAACCGGCGUCAGCGAGGCUGCGAUCAAGGAGUUCAGUGAUGGAGAAAUCCAUGACGAUGAGAAGCUCAAGUGCUACAUGAAUUGUUUGUUCCACGAGUUCGAAGUGGUCGACGACGAUGGCGACGUGCAUCUGGAGAAGCUGUUCAGCUCGGUGCCGCACUCCAUACGAGACAAUCUGAUGGCCAUGUCCCAGGAAUGCAUACACCCCAUAGGCGAUACGCUGUGCCACAAGGCCUGGUGGUUCCAUCAGUGCUGGAAGAAGGCCGAUCCUAAGCAUUACUUCUUACCAUAAAGCUGCGCUGGCUUUGAUUAAAUUUCUAGAAGUCAAAAAAUACUUUAUAGCUCUAUUUGUGUAUUUAGCUGGUGGUUUUAGUUUGAUU